AGAAAACUAUUUAACACUCAGCUCUGUUUGAUCCCAGUACUGCUUUUCUAGAAGCUCUCAUCAUGUACCUGCUGGUGUUCAUCUCUCUUCUGCUGAGCUUUGUUCCAGCUCAAAGUCGUUCUGUUCAGAUUUUCUUAAGAAGGAUCCCUGAGACGCCAGUUAACAGCACCGAGAAAGAUGGCGUUUCAGUGUCCGCAAUACUUGAAGCCAAAAAACGUGCAGUUAUUGAGGAGAAUGCUGCUGACUUGUCUGUGGGUGAACUGUUGCAUAGAGCCAACAGAGGCAUCGUUCCGGAACCUGAUGAGCCCAAGCUAAUGGAUGACAUUGCUGUGAAUUUAAAAAAUGCUGAUCCCUGCACAUCACUUAGUUGCCGUUGGCCCAAGUACAAAGAUGGCAAUAUUUGGGUACCUUAUGUCAUUGCCAAUCACUACUCCCCCAGUGAGCUACAGAUGAUUCAGCGUGGUCUGGCCUCUUUCACAACUAUCUCCUGUAUCCGUUUCUUCCCUCGUUCCAAUCAGAGAGAUUACAUCAGCAUUGAGUCUCGCAGUGGAUGCUACUCAUACGUCGGUCGUCAGGGAAAUGCCCAGACUGUGUCUCUGGCUCGUUUUGGCUGUAUUUACCACGGUACUAUUCAGCAUGAGCUGCUCCAUGCUCUUGGCUUCAACCACGAGCAAACUCGCAGUGACCGCGACAGUUACAUCAGAAUCCUCUGGAACAACAUCCAAUAUAACAUGUGGAGCAACUUCAACAAAAUCAACACCCUUAACCAGGGAACUCCCUAUGACUAUGGUUCUGUGAUGCAGUAUGAGAGGUAUGCUUUCUCAAAGAAUGGCUAUCCCAGUAUGGUCCCUAUUCCAAAUAGCAAUGCUCAGCUGGGCGGAGCUACUCAGAUGAGCCAGAAUGACAUCAUCAGACUCAACAGACUCUACCAAUGUUGUAAGUGA